CAGUGUCGACGUUGUUCCCUCGCCUGAGCCCGUGCGAGUCUGUGCGUGGCGUGUACCUCGCGAAAUCAACAAGCCAACCGACAGGCGAGAAAGAGCGAGAGAGAGAGUAAGAUAGAGAGAGAGUGGUAGCAACAGGGUCACGCUGAGGAUUAAUCUUCCGCCGCCGGAAUUUCUUGACAAGAUUCUCGUAACGGUCGGAGACGAAAGUGUCGGCGACGCCUCGCCGUCAACGGUUCUGCGAAGCGGCAAGGACAGGGCUGCGAGGACAGGUCGGUCUGCGAAGCGGCAGGACGCGCAAACGACGCGGACAGGACGCGCAAGCGACGCGGACGGGUCAGUCUGCGAAAACGGCAAGGACGCGCGGCGACGCGGAAGGGGUCGCGGUGCGACGAGCGACGCGCGUCUGGGCCAUUAGAAUAAGAGAGCAGGUGAACCCCGAGGAUCGAUCUAAAGGCAAUCUCGGUGUUCAUGAAACUUUGCUACGAUUUACGUGCUGGGGUUGCCGUCCGCCAUGUUAAGGUAAAGCCCAGGUGCGCGGUGUUGACCAUGCUAAAGCGCCUGGACAAGAUCCGCUUCAGAGGUCCGCGGUCGCGCGACGAGCUCCUGGAUCUAGCAGAGUCCCCGCCCGCCUCCGACAACGAGGGUGGCGAUGACCUGCCAAUCAAACCCAGACCCCUCCCCCGAGAGAUGGACGACCAACUGCGGGACCCCGCUGGGACGGGGUCCCCCACCAUGGCGGCCGCACUCCAGGACUUCCAGAGGGCGGAGUCAGAUCGACUCAACGAGGUCAAGGGUCAUCUGGAAAUCGCCUUGCUGGAGAAACACUUCCUGCAGGAGGAGCUCCGGAAGCUGCGGGAGGAGACCAACGUGGACCUGCUGCGGCAGGAGCUGGAGAAGGAGAGAGGGAAGAGGAUAGACCUGGAGCAGAGGAUGAGCGAGGUGCUCCGGACCAGGUUAGAGGACUCUCCACCACAGCCACCCCGUAAGCAGCAAUCCCCCACCAACACCCGGACAGACAAGCCCCAGCGCGAGGAGUGGAGCUCGCGGUUCCAGCGCUGGUGGUACGACCGCUUCGGGGUCUACAUGGAGGACUUCCGCUUCCAGCCGGAGGAGACCACAGUUGAGGCAGAGGAGCCGCUCAGCGCUAAGAGGCUGACUGAGAACAUGAGGCGACUCAAGCGCGGGGCGAGGCCGGUCACCAACUUCAUGAGGAACCUGUCGGCGCUCUCCAACUGGCACUCCGUCUACACCUCGGGCAUCGCCUUCAUCAUCUACAUGAACGCAGCGUGGCACGGCUGGGCCAUGCCCAUGUUCCUCUUCCUGGCCAUCCUCCGCCUCUCCUUAAAUUACCUCAUCGCCAGAGGUUGGAGGAUCCAGUGGAGCAUUGUGCCUGAGGUCUCAGAAUCUGUGGAUCCUCCAAAAGAAGACUUGACUGUUUCUGAGAAAUUCCAGCUAGUUCUCGAUGUUGCUCAGAAAGCACAGAACCUCUUUGGAAAAAUGUCAGAUGUUUUGGAGAAAAUAAAAAAUCUGUUCAUGUGGGUGCAGCCUGAGAGCACCCAGAAGCUCUACGUGGGUCUGUGGGUGGCCUUCAUCACCUCCUGCCUGCUGCCCUACAAACUGAUGGGCUUCAUGAUGGGCCUGUACGCUGGUAUUAAGUUCUUCAUCAUCGACUUCAUCUUCAAGAGCUGUCCCAAGCUGCGGGACAAAUACGACACGCCCCGCAUCAUCUGGAACAGCCUGCCCACCGACCCCCAGCUCAAGGAGAGGACCAACGCCACCGUGUCUAGACGGGUUCAGCCCGUGGUCUCUCGUGGCAGCAUCGCCACCAUCCCCUGCGGCGUGGCGCGGGACGAGGAGGCAGGCCGCUCCCACAGCACCAAGAAGGGCGCCUUCCACGAGAUCUUCAACCUGGCGGAGCUGGAGCGCCCUCUAGCGGUGUGUGAGAACGGCUGGAGGUGCUGCCUGAUCAACAGAGACCGUAAGAUGCCGACGGACUACAUCAGGAACGGAGUGCUGUACGUCACGGAGAAUUACCUAUGCUUUGAGAGCUCCAGUUCCCGCUCAAGUUCCUCCAAGAAGAAUAAAGUCAUCAAGUUGGUCGACAUCACAGACAUCCAGAAGUACAAGGUCCUCUCCGUCCUACCAGGAAGUGGAAUGGGCAUCUCCAUAGCAACCCCCGCCACUCAGAAGCCGCUGGUGUUUGGCGCCAUGAUCCACCGGGACGAGGCGUUCGAGGCCAUCUUCACCCAGUACAUGAAGAUCAUGACCACCACCAAACCUCCAGGCAACCCCGAGCUCUAGCCCGGCACGGCCCCAGCCACAGAGCCCCUGGCUGGGCUCCACGGCGGGGCCCGGGGGGGGUCCACUCUGGAAGAGGAGGAGGAGGAGACGCCCUGCAGAGGGGUCGGACGUCCGAUGGUCACAUGGUCCUGCUCAGAGGAGGAGGGGG